GGCUGCUGGUUCACCUCGGAAUUUGCCCACGCCUCCCGCCUGCUCCCCUCGGGCGGCAGAAAGUCGCGAGCGCCCCAGCUGUCGCCCAAGAAGUGAACCCGGGCCCGCGGGCAGCGCAGCGGCGGGGGGGCCAGCGGCGGCGAUGAAGCCGUCGUGGCUGCAGUGUCGCAAAGUCACCGGCGCCGGGGGCCUCGGGGGGCCCCUGCCCGGCUCCUCUCCUGCCCGGGGACCCGCGCCGGCCCGCAGGGCUUUCAUGGCCCCCGGCCCGCGGGGCGCACUCGGGGGCCGGGGCUGCCGGGCGCUGUCCUCCGGCGGCGGCGACUACAGGAGCCACUUCGCGGCCUCGGUGACCGACCCGGAGAGGUUCUGGGGUAAAGCCGCCGAGCAGAUCAGCUGGUACAAACCCUGGACCAAAACGCUGGAGAACAGACACCCGCCUUUCACCAGCUGGUUUGUGGAAGGAAUGCUGAACAUUUGUUACAAUGCCAUUGAUCGUCACAUUGAAAAUGGUAAAGGAGAUAAGAUUGCUAUCAUCUAUGACAGUCCUGUUACAAAUACUAAGGCAAUGAUUACCUAUACAGAAGCCCUGGAGCAGGUCUCUAAACUGGCUGGUGUUCUGGUCAAACAUGGUAUCAAGAAAGGUGACACUGUGGUUAUCUACAUGCCCAUGAUCCCACAGGCGAUGUAUACCAUGCUGGCCUGUGCAAGGAUAGGAGCCAUCCACAGUCUCAUAUUUGGGGGAUUUGCAUCCAAAGAACUAAGUAGUCGCAUUGAUCAUGCAAAGCCCAAGUUGGUUGUUACAGCAUCCUUUGGCAUUGAACCUGGAAGGAGGGUAGAAUACAUACCACUUAUAGAAGAAGCGCUGAGAAUAGGACAACACAAACCAGAUAAAAUUCUCAUUUACAAUCGUCCAAAUAUGGAGACAGUUCCCUUGGCCCCAGGUCGUGACCUUGAUUGGGAUGAAGAGAUGGCGAAAGCACAGUCACAUGAUUGUGUUCCUGUUCUCUCAGAACAUCCGCUGUAUAUUCUUUAUACAUCUGGAACAACGGGGCUGCCGAAGGGUGUGGUUAGGCCCACGGGGGGAUAUGCUGUAAUGCUAAACUGGACCAUGUCUUCUAUAUAUGGACUUAAACCUGGAGAGGUGUGGUGGGCGGCUUCUGACUUGGGCUGGGUUGUUGGACAUUCCUACAUCUGUUAUGGGCCUCUUCUACAUGGGAACCCAACAGUUUUAUAUGAGGGGAAGCCUGUGGGAACACCAGAUGCUGGCGCUUAUUUCCGUGUGCUCGCGGAGCAUGGAGUAGCUGCCUUGUUUACAGCGCCAACCGCAAUUAGAGCAAUCCGUCAACAGGACCCUGGGGCAGCCUUGGGGAAGCAGUACUCUCUGACAAGGUUCAAAACCUUGUUUGUGGCUGGAGAACGAUGUGAUGUGGAGACCCUGGAAUGGUCUAAGCAGAUCUUCAGAGUACCCGUCUUAGACCAUUGGUGGCAAACUGAGACUGGAUCUCCAAUUACAGCCUCGUGCAUUGGAUUAGGUAAUUCCAAAACACCUCCUCCAGGGCAAGCAGGAAAAAGUGUUCCGGGAUACAAUGUUAUGGUUUUGGAUGACAACAUGCAAAAACUGAAGGCUCGGAGUUUAGGAAAUAUUGUGGUAAAGUUGCCAUUACCACCUGGGGCUUUUUCAGGACUCUGGAAGAAUCAGGAAGCAUUCAAGCAUUUAUACUUUGAAAAAUUUCCUGGAUAUUAUGACACCAUGGAUGCUGGUUACAUGGAUGAAGAAGGCUAUGUAUAUGUUAUGUCUCGAGUUGACGAUGUGAUAAACGUUGCAGGUCACAGGAUUUCUGCAGGUGCCAUUGAAGAGUCCAUCCUUUCCCAUGGCACUGUGGCUGACUGCGCUGUCGUUGGCAAGGAAGAUCCUUUGAAAGGUCAUGUCCCUUUAGCCCUCUGUGUCUUGAGACAAGGUAUAAAUACAACAGAGGAACAAGUUUUGGAAGAAAUUGUGAAACAAGUUAGACAGAGCAUUGGCCCCGUGGCUGCUUUUCGAAAAGCUGUGUUCGUGAAACAGUUACCCAAAACCAGAUCUGGGAAAAUUCCCCGCUCGACUCUGUCUGCCCUUGUCAAUGGCAAGCCAUAUAAGGUAACUCCUACAAUCGAAGACCCCAGCCUUUUUGGGCACAUAGAAGAAGUACUGAAGAAGGCAUCAUGACUUAUUUUUCUUCUUUUGAGUCAAUUUUUCUAAUUGGAGUCAAGCGUUUUGAAUUAUUACCCUGUAUGAUGACUCCUUAUAGGUUGUCCAGCACUUUAAGAAAAACAUAUCUAAUGAAUGAUUUUUAAAAAUUGUACCCCCAGAAAACCAUUUUAAUUCAAAGUAACACUAAUAUGGAGCCACUUCCUGAAAUUAGGGAUCUACAGCUUUGACCCAAAGCCUAAAACUCAAGUUGAAGUCAGAAAAGAAUUACAAUUUUUCUUAUAGGAAUUCUGAAUAUUUUCAAAUAUUCUUGAGAUGCCACAUGCAAGUGUAUUUUAAAUCAAGUGGAUAAAAUGGGAAGUUUUAGGUAAUCAUCUCGACAGAUGCUUUUCUAGGUGGGAAGGCCUGUCUAGUCCUGAGAGAAGGCUGGACAUCAGGCCACAGCUCUGCCUUUAGGUCGUUUGUUGCCUGGCAGAGAGCCUGGUGGUCAUUUAAUCCAGUCUCUUCAUCAGGGAGACGAGGGCUUUGGGAGCCCCUCCUCAUGUCUCAGACUGUGUACUCGAUGAUUCCAGCUUCCUAUGGACACAAGAAUAUGAUGUAGAAAUGGGGAAGACUAGGAAGGAAAUCUCCUAAAGAAGAAAUGUAAAAUUUUUUACAUUAUGCUGGGAGGCCUUCACAGACCAGGCGAGUGAUAUAAUGUCAAUGAACUUCUGGAGUGGAUUUGAGCCACUUAGCCUGAAUAUCUGAGGGACAGUAGGGAAUGGUGACGACUGCAGAGUUCUUGCUCCAUCUAAUGGGGUAGCCCCUACUCAGGCCCAGCAGAAAUGAUUCAGGGGGAGACAGGACCCCUGCUGCAAGAACCUCUGAGUUUUAGAAGAAACAAAAGAUCCAGAUUUUUAUGUGAAAUCUCUAAUUUUAAAAUAAUGACUCACUAAAAAGUAUAUUGUGAUGUCCAAACACAUCUUUCCAUUUAAGCUUCUAUAAAACUAUUGAGCAUUUAAAAAAAAUUGAAAUUGAGUCUUUGUUAAUAAGCUUAUGGUAAUAUACUGAUUAAUCAGACUAAGUAGAUAAAGAUAAUUAAAUAUUUGGUUUACUUAGAGUUCUACAUGACAUCAGCUAUCAAAGAAUACAUUUAAACACAAAAAUACACCAUGUCCAGUGAGUCUUUGAUGGUUCCAAAUUAUUUCUCAAGCUUUUAGUCCAUCAGGAACAUUAUUAUUAAGAGUAGCUCUUCUAACAGAAUAGUCUGGAUAUAUGAAACAUAUGUGAGAGAUAAUAGAUAAGAGUUUAUUUACUUGAUUGUUUCAUAAAAAUUGCUUCCAAUCUGUAUAAAAACAUUUUGAAACUUUUAGCUUUUUUUAGAUUGUACACUAUAAAAUAAAUGGCUUCUCAAAAUAAA